GAUCCUUCUUCUGAAAUCAUGCAGAUUGAUUUUGAAAUUGAAGACCUAACUGACCUACCUGGGACGCAGCUCAUCACAUGGCAGGUAGAAUAUCCUGGGGAUACAACAUCUGAUCUAGGAAUCUCCAAGAUCUACAUAAGCCAGAAGGACUUGGUAGGAGUUCUCCCUUUGGCUAUGGAAGCAGAGAUCCUGAAUACAGCUAUCCUCACUGGGAAAACAGUGGCUGUCCCUGUCAAAGUGAUCUCUGUGGAAGAUGAUGGGACCGUGACCGAUCUUCUGGAAUCUGUGGAGUGCAGAUCAUCAGACGAAGACGUCAUUAAGGUUUCUGACAGAUGUGACUAUGUCUUUGUCAAUGGGAAGGAAAUGAAAGGCAAAGUGAAUGUCAUAGUUAAUUUUACUUACCAGCAUCUGAGUGCCCCUUUAGAAAUGACAGUCUGGGUUCCUCGUCUCCCGCUGCAGAUAGAGGUCUCUGACACAGAACUAAAUCAAAUCAAGGGGUGGAGAGUCCCCAUCAUGUCAAAUAAGAGACCAGCCAGGGACAGUGAUGAUGAAGAAGAGGAUGAACGUAAGGGAAGAGGCUGCGCCCUUCAGUACCAACAUGCGAUGGUGCGAGUCCUCACGCAGUUUGUAGCUGAAGCCUCAGACCCCGGUGGCCAGCUGAGCUAUUUACUGGGUUCUGACUGGCAGAUUGACAUUACCGACCUGGUGAGUGACUUCAUGCAGGUGGAGGAGCCAAGAAUCGCUAAGCUGCAGGACGGACAGGUUUUGAUUGGGCAGGAGCUUGGAAUGACGACAAUUCAGAUAUUGUCCCCCCUUUCAGAUGCUAUCUUGGCCGAGAAGACAGUGACAGUUCUGGAUGAGAAGGUGACAAUAACUGACCUGGGUGUGCAGCUGGUGACUGGAUUGUCGCUUUCCCUGCAGCUCAGUCCAGGAAGCAAUAAGGCCAUCUUUGCUACAGCAGUAGCACAAGAGCUGCUCCAAUCUCCAAAGCAGGAAGCAGCCAUCAGCUGCUGGAUCCAGUUCAGUGAUGGAUCUGUCAUGCCCCUGGAUAUUUAUGACUCCAAAGACUUCUCCUUGUCAGCUACAUCUCUGGAUGAGAAGGUGGUCUCCAUUCACCAUGACCCCAAAUUCAAGUGGCCUGUGAUUGCUGCUGAGACAGAAGGCCAGGGGACACUGGUGAAGGUAGAGAUGAUGAUCAGUGAAUCAUGCCAGAAAUCCAAAAGAAAGAGCAUCCUAGCUGUUGGAAGUGGUAGCAUUAAAGUCAAGUUUGGGCAGAGUGAUGCCAACCCUAACAUCAGUGACAGUAAACACAGGGGUGCUGGUGUCCACCUAGAAAAUCAUGCCAGUGACCGGCGUCAGAAAACCACUUUUCAGGAAAGAGCUGGGCUAGAUGGCCAGUAUUACAGCUCCUCAAUGGGCCAUGAGCAAGGCAAAGGAACCACCACUCAAAGGUCUAUUUUAAGUAAAAAAGAAGACAGAGAAAGCCUCCUGGAUGACGAUAGUCAUCUGCAGAACAUCCCAAUAGACUUCACGAGCUUCCCUGCACAGGUUGAUCUUCCAAGAAACAACGGAGACUUGGAAGAGAAUGACCUAGUCCAGACCCCUAGGGGACUCAGCGAUCUAGAGAUAGGAAUGUAUGCUCUUCUGGGAGUCUUUUGUCUGGCAAUUCUGGUCUUCCUUAUCAAUUGUGUCACUUUUGCUUUGAAGUAUAGAAACAAACAAGUUCCCUUUGAAGAGCAAGAAGGCAUGAGCCACUCUCAUGACUGGGUUGGGCUGAGCAACAGGACAGAACUUCUGGAGAAUCACAUAAAUUUCUCAUCCCAACAAGAUGAACGUAUCACAGCCAUUGACAGAGGAGUGGACUAUGAAGAGAGUAAAUAUCUCCUUGACACAAAUGCCGCCAAAAAUAUUAAUGGACAAUCUUUCAUGUCUACGGAGUCCACAUUCACUGAAGGGAAAGAACAGAAAAGUGAACCAACUACUUCUCCUACCUCUAAGAGGAAACGGGUUAAAUUCACCACCUUUACCACCAUUUCCUCUGAUGAUGGGUGUCCAACUGUCAACUCAAUCUUGAUGAGUAGUGAGGACGACAUUAAAUGGGUCUGCCAGGAUAUGGACCUAGGGGAGUGCAAAGAACUUAAAAACUAUAUGGAGAGAUUACAUGAAAAUGUGUAA